AUGCCCCGUUCCCUGGCGCUCACAGCUGUUUCUAUUCCCCUUCUGCAUAACCCGGGCUGCUAUGAGUUCUCGUACUUGAGCAACUCAUGGGUUUCAUUGACAAAGCUCAGCCACAUUUCGCUGAAUCAGAAGAACCAAUUUCAGCGAUUCUCCCUAGUCAAUGGCAACGACAAUGUCAAUGGUUAUGGGUUGUCAGAUGCUGAAAGCUUCUCCACUAAAUCUCAAGGGGCAAUUGGAAAUAGUGAUAGUGGUGAAGGAGUACCUGUCACAUCCAAUGAGAUUUUGAAGAAGUUAAGGAGAUAUGGGAUUUCUGGAUUAUUGUCAUAUGGACUACUGAAUACUGCUUACUAUCUUACGACAUUUCUCUUGGUAUGGUUCUAUGUUGCUCCAGCACCUGGGAGGAUGGGUUACAUCCCAGCUGUUCAGAGAUUUCUCAAAAUAAUGGCCAUGGUGUGGGCCGGAAGCCAGGUCACCAAGCUUGUACGAGCUGGAGGGGCCCUUGCUCUUGCUCCUUUGGUAGACAGGGGACUGUCAUGGUUCAGUGCCAAGUUCCAUUUUGAGUCUCAGGGCAAGGCUUUCACCGCAAUUGUUGGAAUUUGCUUCGGACUAGCCCUCGUUUUAUUUUUUGUUGUGACGUUGCUUUGGGCCUAA